AUGACAUUGUAUCAUUUCGGAAAUUGCUUAGCUUUAGUUUAUGUUCCAUAUUACCUUACUUAUAAAUAUUCUGGCUUGUAAGUAUAUUUUAACUUUUUGUAACCUAUUUGUAAUUAUUUGGUCAUUAUUUCUGAAAUUAUUUUUAUUUUAAUAAUUAAUAAUAUUAUAAUUGUAAUUCCUGAUUUUAUUCCUGUAUUUUAAUUAUAAUUGAAUUUCUGAUGCAUCUAUCAUAUAAAUGUAAAUGUGUAUUUAUUUUAAAUAUAUAUAUAAAUAUAAUAUAUAAAUAUAUAUAUUUAAAAAUAUGUAUAUAAAUUUUCAGAUCAGAAUAUGGUGCAUUUUGGAAAUGUAUUCAAGCUGGAGGCAUUUAUAUAUUUACACAAUUAAUCAAAAUGUUAGCACUUGCUACUUUUUUUCCUACAGCAGACAAUGUUGCAGGUGAAGGCUUUGAUUUAAUUGGCGAAUUUUUAAAAUCUUCAAUUGACUUAGCUGAUUUAGUAGGAAUUCUAUUAGUAUUAAACAAUAUACCUGGUAAAGGGCAUGCGAAAGUUUUAACGGCUGGAGUUGGAUGGGCUGGAGCCGAAGUAUUACUUACUAGGUUUCUUCUGUUAUGGGUAGGAGCAAGAAGUGCAGAAUUUGAUUGGAAAUAUAUUCAAAAAAGUCUUGAAUCUAACAUUAAUUUAGUACAACAUAUAACUACAGCAACGCUUGUAUGGUUAUGGUCACGACACGAUUUAAAACGAAGUUUGGUACCAGUGGUAGUUGGCAUGCUCAUACUUACAGUUUAUAGGCCACUUAUUUUAGAUUUUUUCUUAGUAGUUUUUCUAACUGGUUCAUGGUCAACCCUUAUUGUUAAAGUUGCCACUACUUUUAUCAUGGGUAUUACAACAUUAUAUAUGUAUGCUGGUCUUGCUCAUUCCAUAGGCAUCUUUUGA